GCGCGUUUUAAGUUGUAAUUUAGUUAGAAAAUAGUUUGAUAUUUGUCUUUUGCUCCAAAAUAAAACUAUCAUGAAUGUUUCGUAUCGGUUUCUGUGUCAAACAUUAACAUUUAGUAACUUCAAAGUGGUCAAAAACCUGCCUAGACAAAGUGCUGCAUUUAGGUUCUACAGUAGUGAUGCUCAACACCGAACUCCCGUGAAAGUUUAUAAACCAGAUGGAGAAACCGAAUGGGUUCCUGAUAACAAAGGUGCAACCGCUAAUUAUAAAGCCAAACAAUUACGAUUGAAACCGGAGAAAAAAGUGAUUGAGUUGGCUGAAGAUGAGGUAGAAAAAUCAUACUCAGAUGAUGAAGUAGGCGAUGAUAAAGCUGAAGAACUACAAGGAACAAACUUUCAGCGAUUAUCAAAAGCGAAUGUUCAUUUUUUUGUAACAUCGAUUAACAAAACUCAAGCCAGGAAACAGAGAGAGAAAUCUGGAAUGAUUAUGCUGGAAGGUAAACGUCUCAUCCAAGACGCCAUAUCAGCUGGAGUUAUACCAGUGGAGAUAUUUUUCUCCAGAAAGAAACUUGUCGAAGAACUUCAGAUGCCAUCCGGAGUUGUGAAAUUAUAUCAUAUACCGUACAAAACUAUACAAACGUACUCACAUUUGAAAACACCACCUGGAAUUGUUGCAUUCUGCAAGAUGCCAAAACAAGCAGUGAAAGCCAAAAGUGAAUCAGCACUGCCGAUUACGAUAAUUUGCGACAACAUAAGAGAUCCUGGCAACUUGGGAGGCAUCAUAAGAACAGUGGCUGCCGUCGGAUGCUCUCAAAUCAUUCUCACUGAUGGUUGCGCGGACCUCUGGAACCCGUCAGUGCUCCGCGGAGGGGCAGGGGCCCACUUUCGCACCACCGUCCUCCCCAACAUGCCCUGGGACUCCAUUACCCCGCACAUCCCCCCCGACUCCCGGAUAUUCCUGGCCGACAGCGCUACCUCCCUGCACCCCUCCGACUGUACCGCCGAUAGCGUCCCUAUUGUGCCCUACUUCAGCGUCGAUUACGCCGCCACCGCCCGCCAUAUUGUCGUCGUAAUUGGCGGGGAAACUCAUGGACUCAGCACUGAUGCUAAGCUGAUGGCUAGGUAUCGGAACGGGGUCAGAAUCAAUGUGCCCGUUGAGAACCAGGUGGACAGUCUCAGUGUGAACGCGGCCCUAAGUUGUAUAUUGUUUGAAAUUAAGAGACAAUUUGUGAUGGACUCGGCUAGUAGUCGAACCAGUGAAGAUUUCGACCAAGGUAUUGUUCAUAAUUGAUUGAUGUAGACCGAUGCUUUAUCAUUAUAUAAAAUUGAUUACCGUUAUGUUGACUAGCUUUAAUACUAAUAAAAAUAAAGUACAUGUAUAAAAGGAGACAUUUUAUUCCAUUAUUUAAACUACAACAGACUAAAUGAAAACAUAAUAUCUUAUCUAAUUCACUUGAAUAGCUUUAAAAAAACUUCAGUGACGAUGUGGGCAUGAGCAUUGAUUCUUCAUUUCUGUGUCAAUAAAACUAGUAAUACAUAUGUCAACAAAUUUGUAUAAAGAUUCAUCAAAUGCAAAUUUCCCAAAACAUCAAAUUUUAUUUUUCGCUAGAGGGACUAGUAGUUUGGGUAUCAGUCUUUACAAUGCCUUGACUCAACAUAUAACAAUUUUAGAAUUAAAAAAGGAGCUAAUUAAAUGUUGUUUCUAUUCGAUACGUGAGUUUAAUGAGCAUUUCAACGGCAAUCACUCAUCCUCUAAUGCUUUUAUCAAUUAAAUUAAAAUGACUCAACUUUAAAAUUGGCAUGACAAGUCCUUAUACCCCUUUAAUAGGAGGUCAUUGAAUGCUUUAAGUAUCAAAUAUUGUAGAUUUUGAUUGUGAGAUUGUAACUAAUUUCUUAGAAAUUAUAGGUACCCUACCGUAGUUAUUGAGUGAUAAACAAUCAUACGUUGUUGACAUAUGUUUCAACGUAGUCCAUUUUUCCCACUGGUUUGGAGAAAAUAGAUUAUGAAUGUGGAUCGGUCUCAACACAUUAUUCCACGGAUGUGACUAAUAUUCAAAUUUAAUUUCGAAUUCACUGCAAUGAAACGUGAAUACUAAACGACUUGUAAUGAAAGUUACCUAAAUUUAUCCAUUGUUUAUUGGAAGUGCAGUACUAAAAUGACAUUGUUUAUUCUGGUGUUUCUGAAAAAUUA